UUAUUAAAUAAUUGUCACAGAUCGUUCCGCCUGUCCGCUGGAGGCGCGCGAGAUGACGUCACACGCUCGAACAGUCGCGCGAGAAACUGACCUCGCAGCGCAGAGCCAAGAUGGCGGCAGCAGACGCUUGAUACUCGAUGAAGAUGGAGGGUGAGGUGAGUCUGGUCGCCGGCCGCAGUCAGAGAGAAAAGAGAAGAUCCUACAAAGAUCUGCUGAGAGAAGAAGAGAUCAUCGAUGCAGAGGUGCGCAAGACCUCCAAGAAAUGGCUCAAGGACGCUGAUGCCUUUUACACCGGCGGUGAGCUUCAGAAGAAGAAGCACUAUGAGGAUCAUUUCUACAGAGAUCAUCACAGCAGCUCCGGAUCUCAUCACAAGAAGAAGAAGCGCUCGCUCCUGACGCUCCCGGACGCGGCGGGCUCGCCUCAGACGGCCGUGACGGCGAUGGGUCUCCUGCAGGCCAUCACCUCUCCCACCACCGAGGCGCCGUACCCCUCGAAGGACUCCAGAAAGCAGCCGCGGGUGGUGCGCGAGGGGCUGCCGGUGGUGGGCGAGGAGGUGGAGCUGGAAGGUCAUUACGGCGGAUGUCACGAUGCGGCCGACAGCAGCGGCUCGUCCUCCGCUGACGACAGUGAAUGUGGGAAACUCACGAUCCACGAAUCCUCGUCACACAGCGGCAGCAGGAAGAAGAAGAAGAGCAAGAAGAGCAAGAAAAAGAAGGAGCGCGACCAUUCACGUGAGAAGAAACACAGCAGUAAAUCAGCCAAGAGAACGGCGGCAGCCAACGGCAGCGCGGAAUGGAGCGCUUACACUACAGGCCAUCACAGCCACGAGGAGAAGAGGAGGAAGAGAGAGGACGGAGGCAAACGCAAGAGCAAAGACAAGAAGAAGAAGGUCUUGACAGCGUAUCAGAUCUUUUAUAAGGAGUACAGAAGCAGCAUUCUGGAAGAAGAGCCAGGCCUCGAUUUUGGAGAUUUGAGCAAAAGACUGGCUGAUGCUUGGAAGCAGCUACCGGAGGGAGACAAAGAGGUGUGGCGAGAGCGAUCUCAGUACCUGCAGCGGAAGCAGAUGAAGUCUGAGAGCGGCAAACACAUCAAGCACGUCAAACAGCAGCACGCGUCCCGAGCGCUCAAGGACAGCGGCAGGGUCAAAGGGCAUCACUCAGGCGUGGCCGUGGCUCCAGCAGGAGGCGCUGUUGUGUUGAAGAGGCAGGAAGCAGCAGUCGCUCCGGCCCAGAACGGAUCAGCGCCGCGGCCGGCACACACUGCCACGCUCUCCCCGCUCAGAGACCCAGACGUGGAUCCCAUCGACGCGGCCGCACACCUGCAGCUGCUGGGAGAGUCUCUGAGUCUGAUCGGACGCAGGCUGCAGGAGACUGAGGGGAUGGUGACGGUGUCCGGCUCUCUGUCGGUUCUGCUGGACUCGGUCUUGUGUGCUCUGGGUCCGCUGGCCUGUCUCACCACUCAGGUCCCAGAACUCAACAGCUGUCCACAUCAUGUGCUGUCAAACACUCUGGACAACAUCGCCUACGUGAUGCCGGGUUUGUGAAGGACUCGUGCUGAUGUCCCGAUGGUGCUGCGAGCUGCUCCUCAGCGUCUCCUCCGGCUCUGAUCAAACCUUCUAAAGACUUUACGACUCGCGCAGUUUUGCACUGGAUGAACUCACACACUUCGACUUUUAACCUGCUUCUUAAACCUGCGCUCCAUUUUUAUCUGAUCUAAUGUUGAUUUUGUAUUUCUGUUGUUUUUCCUCAAUAAAAUCCAUUUUAGUAUGUUCUUUUAA